AUGAAAUAAUAAACAUAUUGUUAAUCUCAUUAAGGAUUUGCACAUUAAUUUAUUAUCUUAAAUUAAGGUUAAGCUAAAUUAGCUUGUGGUGAAUGCAUAUAUUAAUUAUAAGAUAAUACAAAUAAGGUUGAUUUUGGAUAGAUCAUAUCAAUUUAGAAAGUAUUCACAUUCUUUAAUUUUAGGCAUUAAGUUCUCCAGAUUCUUUAAUUCAAAAAUUAACAUCUUAGGAUAAGUUUAGUAACUUGUUCUAAAAUCUAGGAAAUUUAACAGGAGAUGAAUUGAAAUAAGAACUUGAAAAUUUUGAAUCAUCUUUAAGACAACUUUAAAUUUUGAUUGAUUAAGUUAUAGCAAGAGCAAAAAUGUAAGUUGAUUUAAUAAUUGAAACGAGAAUAAAUAUAAAAAAUGAUUUGAUUCAAGUAUUCAUAUAUAAUAUAUAAUUAGAAAAUUAAAUAUCCUCAAUUUGUAAAAUUGUUGGAAGAAUUAGGUAAUUCAUAAUAAGAUGGUCAAAUAGAUAUUUAUAAAUAGAUAGAAUUGAAAUUAUCAUAACAUUUAAAUGAAAUUAAUUAAGGUGAUACUAAUGGAUUGAAUGGUUAUUUAGAUGAAAUAUUAUCUUAAUAUAAAAAUAAGUUGUAAGAAUAAUUAAAGAAUAAUUAUCAAAUAGACAAUUUAAAAAUAUAAAUAGAUUAAUGCUUACUAUAAUACUAGAAUUUAUUUUCUAAAAUUAAAAGAACUUAUAUGUUAGGAUUCUUAGAAGGAGCCAAAUCAACUGUUGUAUCAGAAGAAAAUUUCUAAGAUUUGAUUAAAAUAAUUACAGAUAAAAAUCCAAAGAUGAUUAUCAAUUAAGCUAAAUUAAUAUUUUAGGGUACAAAGGAUGGUUUUAAUUAAAAUUCAUUUUGGAAUAAAAUUAAUUGCAAAUCAAAUUUAUUGAUGAUAUUUAAAACCAAAAAAGAUGUAGUAUUUGGAUCUUAUUCACCAUGUAAAUGGGAAUCAAAUAUAAAUGCUUAUGUUGAAGAUAUUACAUGUUCAUCAUUUAUUUUCUCUUAUAAAGAUUAAUAGAUAUAUCUUUAUCCACUUAAGGAAUAGAGGAAAAAGUAUGCUAUUUAUUGUUCAAUUGGUUAUGGUCCUACAUUUGGAAGUGGUUUUGAUAUUUAAAUUGGUCCAAAUUUUUAAUAAGGUCAAUGUAAAUUGGGAUAGACAUAUAAUGUUGAAUAAUAAAAUUUUAAUCCAAAUUUAUUUUUUGGAAGCCAAUAACCUUAAAUAGUAGAAUGUGAAAUAUUUGAACUAUAAUAAUGA